AUGGGCUCCUACGACUCGAACGGCGUCGCGCCCGCCUUGCGCUACAUUCCCCUUUCAUACAGCCCCGCGGACUCGCAAGCAACCGCCCUUCGCCUCAUCCUGACCCUCUUCCCGGACUGGGAGGGCCCCGGCAAUAAGAUCGAGUUCGUCCGAUUCACCGACGGCAUCACCAAUACUCUCUUGAAAAUUGUCAAUCGCAAGACCGGCUUGACCGACGAGCAGGUAGACAACGAUGCGGUGCUCAUGCGCGCAUACGGAAAUGGCACAGAGAUCCUGAUUGACCGUGAAAGAGAAACCACCUCGCACGCUCUUCUCGCCAGCCGCGGCCUCGCUCCUCCCCUUCUUGCCCGCUUCAAGAAUGGUCUCCUCUACCGGUUUAUUCGCGGCAAGCCCUGUGGACACUUGGACCUGGUGACUCCUCCCAUCUACCGCGGUGUGGCCCGACGCCUGGCCCAGUGGCACGCCGUUCUCCCCAGCAAGGGCACCAGCUCGACACCCUCCGACGAGGCCUCGAUUGUCGCGCACGCCGAGGCGGAAUCCGCCAAGGAAGAAGAGGGCUUUGAGGUUAUCCAACCGCGGCGCGGGGGCCCCUCCAUGUGGGCAGUUCUUCAGAAAUGGGUUCUUGCCCUGCCCGUUUCCACACCGGAGCAGCGCACCCGGCGGUUAAGCCUGCAGAAAGAGUUGCAGUGGGUCGUGUCCCAGCUGGAUGACGGCGUGGGCAUUGGCGAAGACGGCCUUGUGUUCUCGCACUGCGACCUCCUGUGCGCGAAUGUGAUUGUCCUCCCAAGAGAAGAUGGCUCCAAGCCCGAGGACGACGUCACCGCAGUCAACUUCAUUGACUACGAGUACGCCGUGCCCGCUCCGGCCGCCUUCGACAUUGCCAACCACUUGGCCGAGUGGAUCGGCUACGAUUGCGACUACAGCUUGACCCCCACCCAAUCGGUGCGCCGUCAGUUCCUGACCGAGUACACCAAGAGCUACUGCCAGCACCGCGGCCUCGACGAGUCCUCCCAGGCGGAGAUCGUCGACCGAUUGUAUCAGGAUGUGGAUCGGUUCCGCGGUAUUCCCGGCUUCUACUGGGGUGUCUGGGCCCUCAUCCAAGCCCAAAUCUCCCAAAUCGACUUCGACUACGCUAGCUACGCCGAACUCCGACUGGGCGAGUACUGGGCCUGGAAGCGCGAGAUUGACGGCAGCCGCAAGAAGGCCGGCGACGAAAUGCCCCUCCGUGAACAGCGCUGGGCGCUGGAGGCAUGA